UUUUUUUUUUUUUUACAACAGAAGUCAGUGGUCAUCAAACUGUUUUGGUUAGGCUACCAAGCAAGCACUAUUCUUCAAUGUAUAUGGGAAAGAGAGUCAUAGGCUAUAGGUUUAAAUUCACUGUGAAGUUCACACUGAAAUAUUUUGAGUAUUUAAAUAAGGUUUACAGUGUAUUCACUUUGUUUCUAAAUUCAUAAAAAGUUCCCUUAUUUGGCAAGUGCCGUUGAUAUAAUCAUUUCCCUUUUAAAACAAAUCUGUCUUCCCAUGAGGGAAGUGUCUUGGCAGCUCAAAGCAUCUACUUCCUCAAAUAUUUUAUCCGACCUUUCGGUGUCAUAUUUUCCUAGAUGGUAUUCUCAGACUGAGCUAAAAACAGGAAGCUCAUGUGCCCCAGUUGUCAGACUGAAAGAAACUAUCUAGCGUUGCAUUUAUAUGCGUGCUUAAGUGUUAAUCCUUACACAUUUGAUUUUAACUGAAGCUUUAAAAAUUAUUAAAAUCCUACAGCUUAAUGAAGUUGUAAUAUGACAGGUGGACCGAAUGCAAUUUAACGGCAACCUUUCAUUUGCAGCUUAAUUGUCUCGUGGUGGUUAUCGCAAGAAUAGUGGUAAUUAUCUCACAGACAUGCUAAUAAUGGUGUGAACGGUCCCGGCGUUUCCCAGGGCAACCGCAGAAGACUCCCGCCCACGGACGUCUCUGAUUGGCUCCUGUACUCAGCGGAGUGUCGGAUUGGUUUACACAGCUGCCAUUCUUCUCAACGAGUAGCGUUAUUUUGACCGUCUAUUCCCCGAGGAAGCAGCAGGGUGAAGUGGAAGAUAAGACGUUGUGUCUUACAAAACAGCUGGGCUUCGUCGGCUCUUACAAAGGAACGGCGUUUCAUGAGAUGGUGAACUGUAGCCUAUGUGCCGCUGUCUUCUUUUGAAGGCUACCUUGACUUCUUCUGAAACUGUUCUCAGCUGAAAGCCUUUCUAUUGAGGAACCCCACUAUGGAUCCUGACAAGACCUCCUAUGUGAGGCUGAAUGAGGAGAAAGUAAUUGCAAAGUCUGAUAUUUUGUCCCUUCUAAAAACGUACAACUGUUAUCACGAGGGAAAAAGCUUCCAGCUUCGGAUUCGUGAGGAAGAGAGCGAGCUGAUCGUGGAGGGUUUACUCAACAUCUCCUGGGGCCUGAGGAGGCCAAUCAGACUGCAAAUGCACGAUGACAACGAGCGCUUCCGCUAUGCCUGCAUGAGUGCGUGGAGAUCGGAGAGCUCAGAGUCCAGCAGGAAUGAAACUGCUGAACACCAGUUUUGUUCAGAGCCCAACAACAACAAAAUCAGUGCCUCACCUAUACCCAGUGUGGAUGGAGCUGAGGAGGACAUCCCUCAACUGCUGAGAACGAGAAGUGACGCAAGCUUUGUGAAUAUCCAAAGAAGAUCCAAAAUCCACAACACUGCCGAUUCACAGAGGAUAAAAAGACACCGCUUCUCCAUCAACGGCCAUUUUUACAACCACAAAACAUCAGUUUUUACUCCGUCAUAUGGAUCGGUGACUAAUGUGCGAGUGAAAAGCACUUUGACAACACAGCAAGUUCUUAACCUACUCCUUAAUAAGUUUCGGGUUGAGAAUAAGGCAGAUGAGUUUGGCCUCUACCUAGUCCAUGAAUCAGGGGAGAGAGCAAAACUUAAGGACACAGAAUAUCCUUUGGUAUCUCGUCUGUUACAUGGUCCAUGCGAAAAAAUCGCCCGAAUAUUUAUUAUGGAGAAGGACCUUGGUGAAGAGAUUACGUAUGAUGUUGCACAGUAUAUUAAGUUUGAAAUGCCUGUUUUGGGCAGUUUCAUCAAGAAACUGAAAGAGGAGGAAGAGCGAGAGAUUUUAAAACUAACAAGAAAAUACAGUGCACUGAGAUCAAUGAUAUUGCAAAAAUUGGAUGGCAUCUCUAACACUGCAAAUUAUGCGUGAGAAAAUGUCGACUGUUUAGAUCAAAGGCAUCCUCUCUGUUGUACAGUCAACAUCAGUGAUCCACAGAUUGCUAGUUUUAGGUUUUUCAUUUUUGGUGAAGACAUGAGUGCAAUAACUAGUGUAUAAAAAGUAGUAAUUAGCAGUGUAAGUACUUUUACCCACAAUUCUCAGGCGUUACAAAUUACCUAGAAUGUUAUUUUAUGAUGCACUUAUGCUCUAUGACUUAAAAGACAAACUACUGUAUUUUUUUUUGUUAAACUUAGAACAUAUACACCCCUGACAUGUUUACAGUAACAAUAUGACCUUUUAUACAUUUUAAAAUAAAACUAAUA